UUUGUCAGUAGCUCCCUGUGUGGGCCCCCCGGUGUCAGGUUCAUGUCCUACAACGUACUGCAUCUUCAGCAGUAAGUUGACUCCUUUUUUUAUGUUAAUGUAAUGUUCUGGUCACUACAACAGUAACUGUUUAUAAGAUGUAUAGAAAAUACCCUUUGUCUUUGCAGGAGUCCUACAUGAGAGAAAUUGAUUAAAAAAAAAUGGAGGCAAGGCAGCUGAAAAGAGAUGUUGAGGCCCUUAUUGGUGCUUACAUUGGCCAGAAGCUCAGGGAGAAUUCUUUUGAUCCAAAGGGGAAGGGGACGGCUACGUUGCUGGACGAUCUGGCUCACUAUGAUCUUGCACUCAGUGUUGCCCUGUGGUGGCUGGACAAAGAAGGAAGUAACGUGCUUGACCGAGACAGUGUUGGAGCAGCAUGCAGCUCAGGCUGUGUCCAGUACCCUAAUUGGUUUGAGCGGGAGGCAAUGAUCCUGUCAUCCUUUGCUGGACUGAUUAUUAACAGCCUGCCAGUGGAGGAAAUCCUGGCUCUUUACAGGUGUAAACCAGUUGCUUCAUACCCCCGCCAGCAGUCCAAGGGUACAAUUGUCUACCCCUUCACUCUGUCCUACCAUCCACUCGCCAUGCUCGGCUCUUACAAGGCUGUGCACCACUCCAAGAAGCAUAAUGAGAAGUUGAAACGGUGGCUGUCUGAGAGGGCGAAGGCGAGUGCUCAGCCUGGACCAGUUUCAGUGCAGUCUUCAUCGUCUUCCUCCUCAUCUCACUCCUUCCUCAGUGAUAGCAGUCGUGGUCAUGAGGAAGGAGCUGAGCACUAUGAGGGCUCCCAGGAAUCUCUGCAGGACUGAAGUCACCCCCCAGCACUU